UGACAACGUCUUUAUUUAUUUCAAAUAUUUGUUUUAGACUAUCCCGUUUAGUAUCAAUUUCCGCUUCCGUUAAAUUUGCAAGUCAGUUUUCGCCGUUCUGUAAUUCAUCAUGGACAGGUUGUUAAGACUUGGUGGAGGAAUGCAUGGACUAGGGCAGGGGGCGCCACCAUCUGAUGCACCAGCAGUAGACACAGCAGAACAAGUUUAUAUUUCCUCUCUCGCUCUUUUAAAGAUGUUGAAGCAUGGGCGAGCUGGGGUACCUAUGGAAGUCAUGGGUUUGAUGUUGGGAGAAUUUGUUGAUGACUACACUGUCCGAGUUAUAGAUGUGUUUGCCAUGCCUCAGUCAGGAACAGGUGUGAGUGUAGAGGCUGUUGACCCUGUAUUCCAAGCUAAGAUGUUGGAUAUGCUCAAACAGACUGGCAGACCAGAGAUGGUGGUAGGUUGGUAUCAUUCACAUCCUGGGUUUGGCUGUUGGUUAUCUGGAGUAGAUAUAAAUACACAACAAAGUUUUGAGGCGCUGUCAGAGAGAGCGGUAGCUGUGGUAGUAGAUCCUAUACAGAGUGUUAAAGGCAAGGUAGUGAUAGAUGCAUUUAGACUGAUAAAUCCCAACAUGAUGGUUCUAGGACAGGAGCCCAGACAAACCACCUCAAAUCUUGGUCACUUACACAAACCUUCCAUACAGGCUUUAAUUCAUGGACUUAAUCGUCAUUAUUAUUCUAUCGCCAUCAACUACAGGAAGAACGAGCUGGAACAGAAGAUGUUGUUGAAUCUCCAUAAGAAAUCAUGGGCCGAUGGUUUAACGUUACAAGAUUAUAAAACUCAUUGUUCAACAAAUGAAACUGUUGUUAAGGAAAUGUUAGAACUCGCCAAAAAUUAUCACAAGGCAUUAGAAGAAGAGGAAACUAUGACUCCAGAACAACUUGCAAUAAAAAAUGUUGGAAAACAGGACCCAAAGCGCCACCUGGAGGAACACGUAGAUGUGUUGAUGACAGAGAAUAUUACACAGUGUCUAGGGGCUAUGUUACAUACUGUUGUGUUUAAAUGAGAUAACACAUGACAUUAGAACAUAUGUGUUGAUGUCAUGUUGAUUUCACUAAUUUAAUUACACAUUACAAAACAUGUUUAUUGUCUGAUUUCAAAAAGGAUUAUUCAUUUAAAAAAAAUACACAGAAUUUCAUUUCAGGUCUAGAAACUGAUUUAAUUGGCCUUUUAUAAAUAUUGUUUUGAAUUUUGUAUGAAAAACAUUUCUGGAAGAAAAAAGAGGUUCAAAUCUGUGUCUAAAGCUUGUACAGGUAAAUUUUUACCUGUUAAAAUGUUAAAAGACCAUUUUGUAGACAGUAUUUAAGCAAGAUUGGAAGAAUUCUACAGGGGGUUGUAAAGAAAAGUUAUUGACAUAAUGAAAAUAUUUUACUUUUAAUGUGCUUUCAUUUAUGAAAUUCAUGUCAUAUACAUUAUCUUGCUUAUUAUAAUAUUUUCAAUUAAAUUUACCUUAAGGGUAUU